AUUCUUACACAUCACCACAAAAAUCGUUCUUUUUUCUUCUUCUUCUUCUUCUGCUCUGUUUCUUAGUCAAAAGGGUCCAUUAUUCAUCUCUCAAGGCACUUUAGAAAGAAAGAAUGGUGAAGAUUUGCUGCAUUGGUGCUGGAUAUGUUGGGGGUCCUACAAUGGCAGUCAUUGCACUGAAGUGCCCAUCCAUUGAAGUCGCUGUUGUCGAUAUCUCCAAACCCCGAAUUGCAGCCUGGAAUAGUGACCAGCUUCCCAUCUAUGAGCCCGGCCUUGAUGCAGUUGUGAAGGAAUGCCGCGGCAGGAACCUCUUCUUUAGCACUGAUGUUGAAAAGCAUGUGUUUGAGGCCGACAUUGUGUUUGUCUCUGUCAACACCCCAACAAAAACUCAGGGUCUUGGAGCCGGCAAAGCAGCCGAUUUGACCUAUUGGGAGAGCGCUGCUCGCAUGAUUGCUGAUGUCUCAAAGUCAGACAAAAUCGUUGUUGAGAAAUCCACUGUCCCUGUCAAGACUGCUGAGGCUAUAGAGAAAAUUUUGACUCACAAUAGCAAGGGAAUCAAGUUCCAGAUCCUGUCAAACCCGGAAUUCCUUGCUGAGGGAACCGCAAUCGAAGACCUUUUCAAGCCAGACCGUGUCCUUAUCGGUGGCCGGGAGACCCCAGAAGGCCAGAAAGCUCUCCAAACGUUGAAGGAAGUUUAUGCUCACUGGGUCCCUGAAGAGAGAAUCCUAACCACUAACCUGUGGUCUGCUGAGCUGUCUAAGCUUGCUGCCAAUGCCUUCUUGGCACAGAGAAUUUCAUCUGUUAAUGCAAUGUCGGCGCUUUGCGAGGCUACCGGGGCAAAUAUCCAGCAGGUGUCCUUUGCUGUGGGUACUGACACAAGAAUUGGACCCAAGUUCCUCAAUGCCAGUGUUGGAUUUGGUGGAUCCUGCUUCCAGAAGGAUAUCCUGAACCUUGUCUACAUCUGCGAGUGCAACGGCCUUCCUGAGGUGGCCGAGUACUGGAAGCAAGUCAUCAAGAUCAAUGAUUACCAGAAGAGCCGGUUCGUGAACCGUGUAGUCUCAUCCAUGUUCAACACUGUCUCAAGCAAGAAGGUUGCCAUUCUUGGAUUCGCCUUCAAGAAAGAUACCGGUGACACAAGGGAGACCCCGGCCAUUGACGUGUGCAAGGGGCUACUUGGCGACAAGGCCAACCUAAGCAUAUAUGAUCCACAGGUAACUGAGGACCAAAUCCAGAGGGAUCUGUCGAUGAACAAGUUCGAUUGGGACCAUCCGAUCCACUUGCAGCCGACUAGUCCUUCUACCGUGAAGAAAGUGAGUGUGGUUUGGGAUGCAUAUGAAGCCACAAAGGAUGCACAUGGAAUCUGCAUUCUUACUGAGUGGGAUGAGUUCAAGACCCUUGAUUACCAGAGGAUCUAUGAGAACAUGCAGAAGCCAGCAUUUGUUUUUGAUGGAAGAAACAUUGUUGAUGCUGAUAAGUUGCGUGAUAUUGGAUUCAUUGUUUACUCAAUUGGUAAGCCACUUGAUGCUUGGCUCAAGGACAUGCCUGCUGUGGUGGCAUAGGAACAAACAAGAUCAUUGAUCAAGUUUUACAAACACUGCAAUAUGGGUUAAAUUUGAGGAUUCUUUAUUAUUUUUUGUAAGAUCUAUUUUCCUUUUUUGGUUCUUUACACCUCCUUUGCUUUUUGCCCAUAGUAGUUGACAUAAAAAGAGGUAUAAAUUAUGGGAAAGUAGGAGGAUCUAUGUUUAUUUUACAGAUGUUUUGCUUUGUACUCCUAUUCAUUUCUACUGCUUAUGGCUGUUAUGAAUGUAAUAGGAUUAUCAUAACUUGUUUUUGUUUUGAUUAA